AUGUCCUACGGCAAAUCCCUUGCAUUGAGCCAGAAUUCCUUCGUCCGACCUCCCACUCCCGAUGUCGUCGAAGUCCAGGAACAAGAUGAGUUCGGCUCCAGGCGACAGAAGCGACAAGCGACUGUCUAUGAUGCCGUUGCCGGUCGGGUGAAUCAUCAUGGCUUUCUGCCAUCGGCCCCAUUCUCUUCCAAAUACCGCGAUACCGCAUCGUCCAGCACUCGUCCAGUCCGUCCGGAGGAAGUUCUUUUCCGUCGACAAAACGCCCCGCAGCGCUACGAAGAAAACGAUUUCUACUUUGCUCACGAGGCCCUCCCACCCAGCUGCCCCCUACCCAGCUCCGAGCUACUCGAGGCCAUUCACGCAUAUUCGGCCGACUACUAUGACCAUGCGACGAUCGACGGAGGACGGGAUGAUUACCAGAGCAUGGACGAGACAGCGUUGUUAGCUAUGGGGAUUUUGAUGGAGGAAAUGGCCAAGGAAUCUCUGGGUGAAACCGGAGACAUGGUGCUCGUGGAGGGAGAGGAAAUCCCGACCGACGAAAUACCACUAGCCCCUCAGCUCAGCCGAAAUAUGCGCCGCAAAAGAGCAAAUACCGGUCAGAGUAGUACGAUGGCGAGCUCGGGUGACGAGUUAGAGAGCGUGGUGGUGAAUAAGAGGCGGCCAAAGAAGCGCAAGUUGGGUCGUAAAAUGACCUACGCAACUGAGCUGGAUAUCGAAGAUGAUGAGCGGUGGUGA